AUGCUCCUACCAUCUAUGAAAGCUUUCAUUGCCUGGUGUAAGGGGUUCCUAAUGAGGCCAAUGAAAGAAAGUGUGCUCAGUGGUGUCCUGCAAAUGACAGUAAAGACACUCGGCAUCAAGGGUUUAUCCUAUCCAAUGGAGAUAAUACCUAAAGUACCCGUGACCAAGAGGGCCUGGGCAUGGGCAUUUUACCGAGUGGAUCCGAGGACCGAGUCCUGA